AUCGACAGUCGCGAAUCGACCGUCGCGUCGCGAGGAUCGGUCGUUUUGUUUGUUCCGUGUUUAACGUUUCCAUCCUAUUAUUACCCCUUUUUUGGCAGUUUAAUUUUUCUUUUAUAUUUAUCCCCGAUCACAACGACACGAUUUAAAACGUGUCCUUGUAAACGAUCGAUAAUGUAUAUAAAGCGACUUAUGGCGAACUUUUCUUAUGGAAAGUGAACGCCUUACGUCUUGUCGUUUAAUAUUAAUAAAUCGAAAGAAGACUAUAAUAAAGUUAUUUUUCGAGUUGGUGAACAUCUCUCUCUCUCUCUCUCUUUCUCGAUAUGAUAAGGAAAGGACUAUUACGUGAAUUAUUACGAAUGCCGUAACGAGAGAGAGGAAUAAAUAAAAAGCAAUUCUACGUUAGAGUGUUAUGUUGUUAUAGUUCGACGAAUAGGAAAGAAGCGAACGUGCAAGAGGAAAAAAAAAGAAUUGAUCGACGACGACGACGACGACGACGACGACGAUAACAACAACAAAUCCUCGGUAUAUAUCCUUGAUAAAAAUCGCGGAUCGAUAUUGAGGAUAUCAAAAGGGUGACUUUAUCGUCGUAACGAAAGAUUAGUUCCGAGGAUGCCAAGUGCGACGUACCGUCGCAAAUACCGGCGAAACAAAUCGAUCGGAUUAUGAACCGUCCAAAAAUAUUUUCGGACUCGAUAAAUAACGAUGGAAAUCCCGUUGAUCGAUCGAUCGAAACGGUCGAUCGUUUUGCGUUGUAGGAGUGUAAUACGUUCUCCUACGUGUUAUUAAAAGAAGAUAAAGAAGAAAGGAAAGGAAAAAGGAAGGAAAGAAGAUAGAGAAGACGAAGGACGAAAAGGCUUGCUCGACGUCCACCGCUAGUUCCUUGACCUUUUCGUUCUUUCUUCGUAUUACUUCUGGGUUAGAAGCAAGGAGAUAAAAAAGGGAGAAAGAGAUAAAAGAGUGUUCGCGAAAGUUUCUUCCUUUUAAUUCUUUUUUUUCUUUUUUUUUCUUCUUCUUCUUCUUCUUCUUCUUCCUUUUCCUUCUUUCUUUCUUUCUUUUUCUUUUUCUUUUUCUUGUCGGCUUCGAGCUCGUGUACCUUGUGCUUUCUUUUUUUCCUCCCCCACCCACCCCAUCCCCCAGCCGUCGAUAUAGAAUUUUGUGGUGCGACCUGUGAGAUUGUUGUUUAUCAUUAUCAUUGCCAUUAUUAUUACUAUUAUUAUUAGUUUCUUUUUGUUUUUUUUUUUGUCUUCUUUUUUUUUUUUUUUUUUUUUCUUUUUUUUUCUCUCUACACCUCGUUACUCUAUCGACGAUCAUGUGCGUAUGAUAUUUAAUCGUCGAGCUUACGCCUGGGAAUUAUUUUUUGAAAACGUCGUGAACGUCGUCGUCGUCGCCAAUAAAAAAGACCCUAUUGGAUACCAUCGAAGAUGCCGUGCGUCGGGACGACGACGUCGUUUCUCAUCCUCACGAUAUUCGCUUUAACGGCGAGAGGGCAACUACGAUCGCCACGGAUAACGGAACAUCCAUCGGACAUAAUCGUGGCAAAGCACGAGCCGGUGACGUUGAACUGCAAGGCCGAGGGUAAACCGGAUCCCGUGAUAGAAUGGUAUAAGGAUGGUGAGCUCGUGCAGACGUCACCAGGGGACGCCAAGUCCCACCGGGUGAUUCUUCCCACGGGAUCCCUCUUCUUUCUUCGAGUUAUGAACGGAAAGAAGGAACAGGACGGUGGUGUUUAUUGGUGCGUCGCAAGGAAUCAGGCUGGCUCGGUACCUAGCAGAAAUGCCACCCUCACUGUUGCUGUACUACGAGACGAGUUUCGGACGGAACCACAGAAUACAAGGGUGGCUGCUGGAGAAACCGCCAUGCUAGAAUGCGGACCACCCAGAGGUCAUCCGGAACCAACCCUCCAUUGGAGGCGGAACGGUCACAUUAUAGACUUGGAAAGCAACAAACGAAUUACUCUUGUCGACGGUGGAAACUUGUUGAUAUCUGACGUAAGGCAAACGGAUCAAGGAAAGUAUCAAUGCAUUGCCGAAAAUAUGGUCGGAGUUAAGGAAUCAGCAAUUGCGUCUCUCACUGUAUAUGUGAAACCAUACUUCAGCGCCAUACCAAGCAAUCAAACUAUUCUGACGGAUCAAACCGCAGAAUUUGCUUGUCGAGUGGGUGGUGAUCCACAACCAGAUAUCUUAUGGCGUCGUAACGAUGGAAAGAUGCCGAUUGGCCGAGCUCACAUUUUGGAUGACAAAAGUUUGCGCAUCGAGAGGGUAAUACCCGAGGAUCAAGGAACGUAUAUAUGCGACGCGGAGAACGAAGUUGGCGCUAUUUCGGCGAAUGCGGUACUCACCGUUCAUUCGAAGCCGGUGUUCGUCAAUUUUCCGAAAGACGAAACGGUUAGUACCGGAUCGGAUGUAUCUUUUUCAUGUUCCGCUCGUGGUUCUCCGAAGCCAUCGAUAUUUUGGACCCGCGAGGGCUCUCAAGAGUUGAUGUUUCCGGGAAACACUUAUCAGGGACGAUAUACGGUCACUCAGGACGAAAGUUUGCGCAUAAAAGGUGUGAUAAGGAAAGACGAAGGCCAUUACGUCUGUAGCGCCAUAAGUCAAGCUGGUGCAAGUACGGCGACUGUCUUCCUUCAGGUGAUGUCUGCCGAAGACAUACCACCUCCGAUAAUCGAGUUGGGCCCAGCAAAUCAGACACUUCCUGUCAAAAGCGUUGCUACGUUACCUUGUCGUGCUGUUGGUACUCCAACUCCAAAGGUACAUUGGCACAAGGACGGUGUUCUUAUCCAACUAGGAAAUCGUAUAACAAUGGCUAACAAUGGAACUUUGUUCAUCGACGACCUUCAAAUGAGUGACUCCGGUUUAUAUACGUGUAUUGCAAGCUCAGAAUCCGGUAACACAUCUUGGUCUGCCACAUUGACGGUCAGCACGACGACGACCUUUCACAGAACUCCGGAAAUAUCGGCAUUGCCCCAGAGCCCGAGUAAACCUAGAAUUAUAAACGCUACCAGUAACUCGGUUACUUUAACAUGGAGUCCUGGGAACGAGGGUCAAAGCAAAAUCAUUGGUUAUAACAUCGAAUAUUUCAGUAGCAAUCUGAAUACCGGUUGGGUUGUCGCAGCAACCAGUGUCAUCGACGACACUUACACCGUAACGGAUUUAAAGCCUGACACAAACUAUGUGUUCCUCGUGCGUGCCGAGAAUAGUCACGGCUUGUCGCUUCCUGGACCGUUGUCCGAUGUCGCUCACACGAGUAGCCUUGAUCAACGGACGGUACCACAGAUAGAAUUGAUUCGCGCGAGGGAUCGGCUUAACAGCGAAAUACUGCACUUGAAGGAAGUCCAACCGUUGAGCAGUACCAGCGUUAAAAUUAUGUGGGACAUACUUGGUGCAGCUGAUUUAGUCGAGGGUCUUUAUAUACGUUACCGUGAACUCACCGAGAAGCCAGAAUAUCGUAUGGUAACUGUAUUCAAUGCCGGUGCAACUAGUUACGUUCUAACCAAUUUGGAGAAGUACAAACGAUAUGAGUUCUUCCUUGUGCCAUUUUACAAAACCAUAGAAGGGAGACCUAGUAAUGUAAAAUUGGCUAUAACUUUGGAGGAUGUGCCAUCUAGUGCACCGGAAAACGUUCACGUUGGUAUGAUCAAUAUGACUUCGGCGUUUGUAAGAUGGUCACCACCACCGAAGAAUGCACAGAAUGGACAAUUGAUUGGAUAUAAAAUUCAAAUAAAGAGCAAUAGCAGCAAUAAGAUCCUAGGUCAAAUGUCAUUAAACGCUUCUACCACAUCAGUCGUGAUCAACAGUCUCUCGACGGGUGGACUUUACACGGCACGCGUAGCUGGCUUAACGCGUAUUGGAUUAGGUCCUUUCUCCAAUCCGACACUCCUAAACAUGGAUCCAGGUCAAUUGACGCAACUUCCACCUCGAACAGAUCCGAGUCACGGUAGCGUCUCCAUCGUUCGUGAAACUUGGUUCCUGAUACUCGUAAUUACGAUGGUCUUCACAAUCGUGGCUGUUCUCUUGGGUGCUCUUUAUGUGAGACGCAGACAGGCGAUGAGCAAACAAUUAGGUCAUUUAAACGUUCCGGUGAGUACGGCAAAUGACAUAUGUCAGCUGAAUAAGGACACUUUGUGGUUGGAACGUGGUUGGAGACCGUCGAACACUCUUCAGGGUCCCACCGAUAAGGAGUGCGAAACCAAGUUGUUAAAUAAUCAGCAGAUGCUUGCCCCGGGAAUCGUCAGCAUGGCUGGUUCGGAGUACGCCGAGGUCAACUUAACCACGUUUUACAAUUCGAGAAAACAGUUGCAAGCACCGCCUGAACCGUACGCUACUACCACGUUAUGCGUUGGCAGUCGAAGUCCAGACUCGAUGGAAACAAGCGGACAGAAAUCAAAUUCUAGCGAUUCCUGCAUGAAACCUGACUAUUCCAGUUUGGAUUCGAAUCAAGAACACAAUAAAUCAACGAUGUCACCCAGCAGCGACAACACUAGCAGCGUGUAUACCGACGAGAACGCGGAUAUACAAAGAAGACCACAGUAUAAGAUACCCAUAUCAAACAAUCCCCAAAGUGCUGUAAGUACAAGCGGCACGGCAUUGCCCAACUGGUGCGACAUGAUGCCACCUCCGCCGGAACAUCCACCACCUUCGGGAACGUUGCUAUCCGGAAGAAUGCAGCAACAACAGCAACAACAGCAACAACAACAAUCGCAACAACAACAACAACAACAACAACAACAUCAUCAGCAACAAGUUUCAUUCAGUCCUCAUUUAGGCAAGAGGAACAUUCAGAAUGACUUGGACGGUUCUGGAUCGUGCAAUUCGCAGAGUCCACCGACACCACCUAUCAGAGCAGGCAACAGUUUUAGUUCCUCACCAACACCUUGGACUGGACAACCUUCGCACGACAUAGCUGCUUACGCGAACAUGCAACAGAGUGGUAGAUAUACCACCCUUCCACCUCAAACCAAUCCACCGCCGGUACCCUGUUUCCCUCAAGGCUUCAAUCAUUAUGAUUACAAAACUCAAGAGAACGAGUACGAAAGUGGCUCUGUGAUUUAUGGCCAUCACAAUGGUCUACCCGACAACUAUAGAAAUCACGACAACGCUUUCAACCGAAUAAAUCACGCGAAUCCUCAUAUAGAACAUUCGGUCGCCAUGACCGAUGAUAUUUACAGACGCAAUGAUGCGAUAUUCCGUGGUGAAGAUCUUUAUCAGCAGGAAAACGACGAAUGGGAUAGAAAAUCCUGCGACUCCAAUACCCACUCGGACAUGUGUUGUUCCUGUUCCGAGUCUAGCUGUCUUUAUGCCGAUACGAUCGAGUACAACAAUCAAUUCGCGCAAUCCGGAUGUGUUCACAGUAGAAGCGAUUCGAGAAGUAGGGACAACAAGAGCCCACGUAGGAGAAACAACAGAGCUUCAUCUCCUGCUUACAGCAGCGACAGUAACUACUCUUGUAUUCCACAAAGGCAAUGUGGAAGCAUCGGUUCGCAGGAUAGAUCGAGGCAUAAUCGUUGCAAAGACAAAGUGCCUAGCUUCUCCAGGACAGGUAGUUAUCCACAGCACAGUUCUUCAGCAUCCAAUACGAUGAGUAGCUCAGGAAGUCAGAGAUACAAUAAACUCAACAGUCUUCUUGCAAGUGCAAACAAUCCAACGGGAGUCUCGGAAUCUAGUCGCUCAUGCGAUCAUCGCGACAGCUAAGUACGGAACGAGAGGAAGGAAGAAAUAUUAUAAAAGUUAACCUUGACCAACGGACCGGUUAUGGUCGAAGGGAUAUUUUGUCUGGCACGUAUCAAAAGUGUGAAGACUCACGAACGAACAAACGUAUGAACGAACAAAUGGUUUCGUUUAAAAAAGGGGAAAGAAAAAAAAAACAAGGAAAGAAAAGAGAAUAAUAAAUAAAUAAAUAAAUAAAAAGAUACAGGAAACGAUCUUACCGACGGAGCGUUUCAAAAGAACAAAAUGAAGAAGAAGAAGAAGAAGAAGAAAAAAAACAAAACAAAAGGAAAUCGAACUUGUGAUGUACAUUAUCGUGUUGGUUAUCAGUAAUAGAAGGAGAAAGGAGUAUGGGAGGGCUUUCAAAUCUAAAUUACUUGUACAAAGUCCAAGAAUUUAUGGCCUUUCUCUUUGAAGCGAGAAAGAAAAAGGCCAACGACAACAAGACGGGGAUCGAUGACGAUAAUGCAUUUAUUAAGUAUCCUAAUUCGUUUGUCGUGUAUUUUAAGGCAUUUCAUUAGAAAGAUCUUCCCAUCCAAUCGAUGAAAGGGGGAGAUAAGCGAUAGAAGACUGUGUGUGUGUGUAAAAGAGAAAAGAAGAAGAAGAAGAAGAAGAAGAAGAAGAAGAUGAAGAAGAAGAUGAAGAGGAAGAAGAGGAAAAAAGGAAGAGAAGAAAAAGAAAAGACAAUGGUGGAGCGAGGCCAACUUCCGAGCAAUAUAUAAAUAGUAAAGUUUUUCUCGAUACGGCUGCUAUUUGCAGGCUGGGAACGUGAGAGUAAUCGACAAUCGGUCCGCUCGAGUUCGUCGAUAGGUAGUAUAUUUGGUAAACGAAUGGUGAACGGCUCAUUUUAGUUUUCGCUAGUUCUCAGCUCUGUUGAGUAUCUUCGAAAAUACCAAGAGAAAACUUUUCGAAAGAAUUCGACAAAGAGUUUUCGACAUCGAAUCACGCGCCGAUCUUUAUCAAACAGAAUUGCCAUACUUUUAACUAUCCUCUUAAAUUCAAACGUAAAAGCAUUCAAAAGAAACACCAUUUCAAGUUAAAUACUAUAAUAGAAAAUCUAAUGAGCCUCUUGGUUUUCCAUCUAUCGAAUUAUUUUUUUUAAGAUUAUUCAAAAUGGCCGAACUCGAGCUGGCGCGAAAUUCAAAUACUUGAUGUUACGUUGUCCGGUCGGAUUAAAAUGGUAGUAAGAUUAUUAUCAUUAAUAUUAUUAUUAUUAUUAUUAUUAUUAUUAUUAUUAUUAUUAUUAUUAUUAUUAUCAUCAUCAUUAUCAUUAUCUCAUUAUUAUUAUUAUUAUUAUUAUUAUUAUUAUUAUUAUUAUUAUUAUUUUUAUUAUUACCAUUAUUAUUAUUACUAUUAUUAUAAAAAAUUUACAUACGAGAAAAUGUUCCAAGCGCGUCUUACGUUCUAACACGAUGUUCUCGCACGAAGAGAGAUUAUUUGAUAGAUCGAUAAAGUAAGACGUGGCACUUAUUUUCGAGAGCUUGUACAUUCUUGCCACGACAAAUAACGAAUACAUAUUAUUUUGGAUAUGAUGUUCCUAAAGUCAUAAGGAGAUUUAAAAAAAAAAAAAAAGGAAGAAAGAAAGAAAAGAAGAAGAAGAAGAAGAAGAAGAAGAAUACGAAGAAAUUGAAAAAUCUUAAUCUUAUUAUGGAAGGCGGAAUAUUUUCGCGGUGGUGUAUUAAUUAAUGAAUUUUAAUUGAUAAUUCUUCCAAAAGAGCGAAACGAUAUGCGCUCGCGCACACGCGCACACGCACACUGCAUACUUAUACGUAUAUACAUAAACAUAAAACAUAUACAUAAACACAUACACAUACGUAACAAUAUAUGCGAACACACAAAAAAACUGGACUGUUUAAGCACGCAAGAAGAAGAGAAAAUGAUGACUUUGUUUAUUAUUAGCCACUUAUAUGCACGGAACGUAAAACUUGACGGACGAACGAAUGACGUACGGAUUCGACUGAUUAAAUAACGCUAUAUAAUAUACAUAUAUAUAUAUAUAUAUACAAUAUAAAUAAAUAAAUAAAUAUAUAUAUAUAUAUAUAUGUAUAUAUAGUAUCGGAAUAGUAACGAAAAUGUAAGAUGUAAGUAUUAUCAUAUCAAACUUUUGUAUACACUGUACAAAGCCCUUUAAAAACGAGAUUUAGUCAUUAGUUUAUAAUUUACGACACGUCAUUAAUUUAUACCUGUAUACAUCGUAGCCGUUAAGGGAUACCAGGGAUCUUGAAUAAUCAUAUACAUACAUAACGCUAUCAAACCUGCAUACACGAGGAGAGAGCAAGAGUCCGAUGACAGAUGAUAAAGUGAUAAGGGAUGGGGGGAGGGGGGAGGGGUGGACGAAUGUCUGUUAAAGAAACGAAAUAGUGCGACGAACGAUGAAUCGUUGGAAGUGUACCUGUGUUUUAAAGAAAAAAGAGAAAAAGGAAAGAAAAAAAAGGAACAAAAAGAAAAAAAGAAAAAAAAAAGAAUAAAGGAAAGAAAGAAAGGAAAGAGAAAAAAAGGGAAAUUACAUUUUGCGCAUCUCGCAUUUUACUCUCGCUUGGGGGAUGGGGGGGAGAGGGGGGGGAGAGACACUCCUUUCAUUCAAAGUUUUUCAAUCGGCCGAUUGACGAUGAUCAUUCAUUAAAUAAAUGAUCGUUAAAUAAAGGGAAAUGUUUUAUUUCUUCUUCUUCUUCUUCUUCUUCUUCUUUUUUUUUUUUUUUCGGUGCGUAGAUUAAAAAAUGUAGGUCUUCGCGCACGCGACAUAUCUGUUUUUACGAAAUUUUAUUCCACGAAGACUGAACGUCAUCGGAUUAUGGGAGACAGUGCGAGAAUUAAUAUAAUAUUAUUUCUUGUUUCUUUUUACUUGCAAACCACCGAAACAUAAUUUUGUCGAAUGUAAGGAAAAAAAAAAAAAAGAAAAAAAAGAAAAAAGAGGGGGAGAAAAAGGAAAAGAAAAAUAAAUCACCUUGUCACCUUUCGUAAGCCCUUCCAUCGUCGUUAUCAUCAUCAUCAUCAUCAUCAUCAUCAUCGUCAUUAUCAUCGUCAUUAUCAUCGUCGUCAUCGUCAUCAUCAUCGUUAAAACAUAUAUUUUAAACCGUUCUAAUUAACCGGAAAUUUAAUGAAAUCUGAAAGGAUAAGUGUUGUUCUAGAUAAGAAACGAAAAAAAAAAAUUAAAUAAAUAAAUAAAUAAAUAAAUAAAUAAAUAAAAGUAAAUAAAUAAAUUUCGUGAUUAACUAGGAUUUAAUGCGAUCUUCGUAUUAGGAAUACUUGACUACGAUUAGAUAAUACGAAGCGCCCCAUAAUGAAUUACUCUGUCACAUGGAAAAUACCGCCUACGUAUGAACUUCACUACGAUAGAAAAAAAAAAAAAAAAAAAAAAAAGAAAAAGGAAAAGGGAAAAAAAAAUGAAAAGAAAAGAGAAAAAAGAAAAGGAAGAAAACAGAAGGACGAAAAAGAAGGAAGGAAAGGAACGAAGAAGGAACUAUCAACGAAAUUGUCUUGUAUCCGUGCGAAUAAUAAAAUGAAAAAAGAAAGAAGAGAGAAAAGAAAAGGAAAAGAAAAAAGGAAAAAAAAAACAAAAUAACCAGGAAGAACAGGAAGAACCGAAAAGAAAAAUCGUUCGAUGAAGUAAAGAAUUGAAUCUGUUAAUUCGUUAAGCCGAGAA